UGUUUAUCUAUCGUAAUAUCUUAUCUUUGUCAAGUUGUCAAAAGUCGAUUACUAGCACAAAGACUGUUUCCUAAAAAUGGGUGCAAACUGGAUUUCUUUUGCCGUCAUUCUGACUGUUCUAGCUUCUACAAUAGCUGACUGUCCUAAUGGUUUUCUUCAACAUGAUACGUCUUGUUACAAGUUUUUCCACUCUACAAGAGCAACAUGGGCCGAGGCAAUGAUGUAUUGCCAAGUGUUCAAGUCACAUUUAGCCGUUAUUGAAUCUGAGAGAGAACAGAAUUUCAUCGAGGGACUUUUACGCAGGGAGUACCACCGUGGUUUGCCAGAUGGCUGCUGGAUUGAUGGGACAGAUGCUCUAGUGGAGGGAGAGUGGAUGUGGACCACUACAGGUAAAAACAUCAUGAAAGAGGAUUACCAGAAGUGGUACCCAGGAGAGCCCAACUCUGUCAGAAACACGGGAGAGGACUGUAUGGAUCUUCUACACCACGAGAACUACAACUGGAAUGACGAGAGCUGUGAGGUUCAGAAUAACUUCCUGUGUGAAACAAGUGCCAACACAGAAACUAUUAUCGGAUAGGUCUAUCCAAUUUGAUGUUUCUU